CAAAAACGCAGAUAAUAGUGGAGUUGAUAAUGACAACUCUCGUCCACUUGAAACACAAAGCAGGAAACAAACACUAACUGAUCGGCAGGCUUUGCCACCGGCAACUCCCAAGGGCAACCGUCGCCCGGGUUCUCGAAUAUACCCUUUUCUGGGUGAGACGGGGUUGUCAUGCAAAUGCCGGUCAUUUGCAAAACGGACGAAUUGGAGAUUCCCCUGGUCCCUUCUUUCUUCAACCUGCUUGGUCUUCGGUCGAAUCAUCGCUGAUUCGCCUUUACAAGAGAGUUUGUGGAGACUCGAAUUUCCCCAGACUCGUCGGCAAGUGGAUUCCGAAGAUAAGAAGGACCACGACUGGUAGAGAUACUCCAACCCGGUGUACAGACUUACUCCAACUCCUACUCCAAAAGACCAAGAUUCUAUGAACCGACAUAUCUCUUAAGGUUGCUUCGUAGUUCACUAUGGAACUACUCCCAAUGCAUAAACGAGAGCAAUUGGCGAUUGAAUCCACUUUGCAUACCAUACUUCAGGAAUGGAGCACCCCAAUUCAACUCAGACGCCUUGAUUGUCUUUCAUAUUGCUACCGUCCGUUCUAAAGACCAGCGCCCGAGAAAACCCCCUAUCUACAACAUGGGCAGCAUCCAUCUCCCAUCGCAUGAAGCCCGCCUGGCAUGUCGCAAGAAUCAACUCACCAACACGGCCGGAGUGGCUCCGGGCUAUCUACAAGCCAAUUUGUUAAUUCUACCAGCACAACACGCAGCAGACUUUCAUGAUCUCUGUCUCCGUAAUCCAGUCUCGUGUCCACUGCUGGGAAAGACGCCUACCCCCGGAGAUGCUCGCUUCGUUCAACCUUCCGGGUGUAUUCAAUCACCAGACUUCGACAUACGCACGGAUUUCCCGCAAUAUCGCAUCUACCAGAACGGCAAGUAUCUCGAGAGUCGACGGAAUCUCCUUGAUGUAUGGACUUCUAGUCAUGUCGGCUUCCUGAUUGGAUGUUCGUUCUCCUUUGAAGAUGCUUUGACCGCAGCGGGCUUACAACCACGACAUCAACGAACUGGUACCAUAGUCGCGAUGUAUCGCUCCAAUAUACCACUCCUUCCGGCUGGGAUCUUCACGGGCGGUCACUGCAUCGUGUCCAUGCGUCCCUAUCGAUCCGAUCAAGUUGAUCGAGUCAGAGAGGUGACGCGCCCGUAUCUGUCUACCCACGGCGAACCGGUCGCUUGGGGAUGGGAGGGGGCAAAGCAAUUGGGGAUCAUGGAGAUCAACAAGCCAGACUUUGGGGAACCGCAAGUCUUCGAAGAAGGAGAGGUACCGGUAUUCUGGGCCUGUGGUGUGACACCACAAAUGGCGGUGGAGGCUGCUGGCGAUCGGAUCAAGGGGCUGGUCUUUGCUCAUGAGCCUGGCCAUAUGCUGGUAACUGACUGGACAUCAGACGAUCUGGACAAACUACGACCAGGGAUUAUCUAA